AUGGCUCUUACUAGAUUAGAUAUUGAUAAAAUAAUCGAUGAUAGUCGUUUAAAACUAGACAAAUGGCGAGAUAGUAGUCUUAAAAAAUUUAAUCGGUUUUAUGACAAUAAAUGUGAUGAACUCGAACGAUAUUACACUCAAAAAGUUCGUCAACAACAAAAGGAAAUCGAUCAAUUAUAUAAACAAUUAAAUGAAUUCAAUCAGAAACAAAAUACUAUUCAUGAAGAUAAUCUGAACGAAUUACAAACAAAUAUUCUUAAUGUGAAACAAAAAAUAGCUGAAACCGAACAAAAAUUUAUUUCAAUUCAUAUUCGUUCUUUAGCAAUAGAUAAAAAUUUAAUUAUUAUUGGAGAAAUGAAAAUACAAGAAUUUGAUUUAACAACACUUUUAUUACCUUAUCAAACAUUGAAUGUUUCUGAAAAUUUUGGAUUUGGAUUGGCCAUACAUGCAAUAAUUCGAUCUUUAGCAACAUUUGAUCAAUUAUUUUCUAUUCGUCUGGAUAUAAAAUAUGUAUCAUAUCAACUACCAAUUCGUUGUUGUUCACUUCAAGAUAAUGAAUGGCUCGUUGUCGAAGCAAAUACAUCACAACUUUUUCAUAUUGGUAGAGAAGGAAAACUCAAAGGAACAGUCACCUAUGAUCAACCACCUUAUAAAGUUCUUCUAUUCGGUUCAAAUAUACUUGUUAUACGGACUGAUAGUACAAUUAAUUUUCAUGAAGUUUGGCAUUGA